UUGUUCUCUGCUAGGCCACGCUUAAGAGGUUUUUGGAGGUGCUUUUGGUCUAGGAAGGCUUUCAUGCAAAUAGCCAGUUACCUUAAAAAUCCAGAGAGGGCAGAGGGGCCGCAGCAGUCCAACUUUCCCCUUCAUCUUCCUCUUACUUGUUCAAUACUUUGUAAAGAGGUACUGAAAAGUCAGAUUAUUAUGUAUCGAAAACUGGUGUGGCAACUGCUGCUUGCCCUUCAUUAACGCUGGCGUUCAGCUGAACGACUUGACCUGGAGUGGCUGGAGCCUUCCGGGGAAGUUUUCAGUCCUUUUGUGGAGUGUUUUUACAGAAUUCCCCACCGGCUCAAAACCCCUUUUUUUUCCCCCCACUUGCUCGCUGGUGCCCUGAGGGUGACGAGGCUGAAAGUUAGCAAGUUUUGUGCAUAACUUCACAUCACAAGAGCAAGUGCGUGUUUCCCCCUCCCUCCUUUCUCUUUCCUGCUCCUAAACGCCUCCUUCAAGUUUGCAGCUGGGCAGGACUCCAAAGGUGCAGCAGCAGGAGCAGCAACAAGCCGGAGUUCAAAGUUAGCAGUAAAUUGCACAACUUUUCCAGCUCAUCGCUACGCUCGGUGACUAUUAACAAACUGGAAGGCGCUCAGGGAAAAAAAAUAGGGGAGAAGGUAACACCCUCGAAUUGUUUGGGGAUCGCUGAUGUUAUGCUUCUGCCUCUUGGAUCAUGGCUCCUUUUGGACGGAAUUUAUUAAAAACCCGGCAUAAAAACAGGUCUCCCAAUAAGGACAUGGCUUCAAAUGAAAGAGAGAUUGUGGUUUGGGUUUGCCAGGAAGAGAAGAUUGUGUGUGGCCUGACGAAGCACACAACCUGUGCAGAAGUGGUUCAAGCACUGCUUGAGGAACAUCAGACAACAUUUGGAGAGAAAAAGGUCCUUUUUGGAAAACCUACUGAUUACUGCAUUGUAGAAAAAUGGAGAGGCUCAGAACGAGUCCUUCCUCCCUUGACAAAGAUUUUGAGACUUUGGAAGGCCUGGGGGGAAGAGCAAUCUAAUUUGCACUUUGUGUUGGUAAAGUCAGAUGCUUUCCUCUCCUUUCCUUUGUGGAAGACAGCUGAAGCUAAAGUAGUACAAAAUGUAGAAAAACAGUGGGACCUCAGUCCAGCAAAUUACAUGAAGAUGUUGCCAAUAGACAAGCAGAAGAAGAUUGUCAGGAAGACUUUCCGGAAACUGGCCAAGCUUAAACAGGACAGUGUUCAGCAAGAGAGAGAUAAUAUGGAGACAUUGAUUCAUCUGAUCAUUUCUCAAGAUCAUACUAUUCAUCAACAAGUCCUUAGAAUGAAGGAAUUAGAUAUGGAAAUUGAAAAAUGUGAAGCAAAAUUCCAUCUAGAUCGUGUAGCCAAUGAUGGAGAAAAUUAUGUGCAGGACUCCUAUUUAAUGAUUAAUCCAAGUGAGACUGAGCAGCAAGGGAGUAGGCCGGAUGAUCAAAAAGAGAUUCAUGAGUAUUUGAGCGGAAGUGAGGGAAUUUUACAAGUUGAAGAGAGACUGAAACAUCACAGACAAUUAAUAGAGAAGCUGUGUGCUGAAAUUGAAAGAGAAGUACGUGGUAUAUGCACAGAAAAAAACGGAGAUGAUGUUCACACAGAAGGAGCUGCUAAUACUGAACUGGAAAACCCAAAUUUGGAAAGUGUAAAAUAUGAGCUGGAAAAAAGUAUGAAAGAUGGUCUGAGAAUCAAUUCAUACCUGAGCUGCAUUCAGAAAGAGCUUACAUUCAGGGACUCACUGCUUCAAAAGAAGGAAAAAGAAUAUGAACUUCUUACAGAAGAAUUUAAUUUACUGCAUGUUAAAGACAACAUUGAACCUAGGCUUCCAUCAAAUGAAGAGCCAUCCAAGUGCAGUGGUAUCUCCAGUAACAGCAUUGCAGUUCCUGACUUUGUUCAUAGAGUGACUAAUCUGGACAUCAAUGAUACAGACUCUGACACUGGAAUCAGCUCUACACACAGUCAGGACUCUGAAAUAACUUCAGGGGACAUGGUACUGUUGUCAACAUAGUUGAAAACAGGCACACAUUAGUGGAAAUUCAUAUUUUGGACGAUAUUUAUAAGAAUUAGUAAACCUUGUUGUCUUAAGAGUUCAGCCCUUCAAGACACUAAAACUACGGCACUGCUCUAGCAAAGUAAGCAGUGUCUGCUUAUGUGCUUAAUACUAUACUUGUGCUUCAAUACGUGAACAGUCUGUGCAACUGCUGACAGGUGCAAGGUGUUGGCUUUGCUAAAUCUGGAUAGACUGUUUAGACCUUGUAAUAUUGAUACUCAGUGAAACAGGAGCAUUCUGACCGAGCUGGACCAAAAGUCUGGAGAUUUGUUAUCCCCUCAUCUUUGGAUCCAUCUCUGUAUCCCUCUAAUUUUGGGGAAUGUGAAUUCAAGAUUAGACAAAGCUAGGCAAAGGGUUUGAUUUUCCGCACUGUUUAUUCAGUUUCCCUGCCGUGAAGCUGCUGCAAAGGAAUACAUAAUCAAGCAUGUAAUCUGUUAAAAAACUACGGUUUAUAGUAUUUUAGGACAAAAGAAAUGAAAUAGCAUUUACUCUGUGUAUUUAAAAUCAGGUUUGAGUUAUCAGGAUAAUAUUUUCAAAAUCCUCUAAAUCUCAUUUUUAAAAUUACCAUAUACACAUGGGUUUUUAAUUUCCAUUCUCUUUCAGCAACGUGUAGCUGCUUCUAAGAUCCUUAAAACCCCUACUUAUCUGCUGUUACCCUGUAGUUGCCCCAGUGAUGUUUAAGUCUACAUAGUUUCUGCCAGCAGGCAUGUCAGAACUUCCUACAUCCUGCUUGUGCAAGAUGCUCAGAACCCAAGCUCACACCUAACCCCAAAGGCAUUUUCAGCAAGGCUUUUCUCCUUGCCUGUGUCACCAGUCAGAUCCAGUGUCUUAGGCCUCCUCAGAUAAUGACUGCCAAAUAAAGCAUAAGAGAAAGGACAGGCAGGAGCCAGGCAUUUUUUGGCUCUGCUUAGACAGUUUCCCAAUAGCCAGAUAGUCACCAUUUUCACAUAGCAGGUUGACAAAUCCUGUCUGAUGCUGUUUUGGAGCAGGGGUAUGGACCUGUAAAUCCUGUUUCCUCAGUGAGGACUUUGGGAUACGGCUAAAGCCGAUCCACCCAAUAUUGCUAAUUAAGUAUUGCCCACUCCUCCUCAAGAAAGGAAGGAAUGCAAAACAUGAGAUUUUUACAACUCUGUGGUUAAGUCAAAUUGUUUCACUUCGGAUGUAGUAGUUGGUCUCACAUCCUUCUCCAGAAUGUUGCUGCGAAUCCAAGGCAAAGGUGUACAACUGAGGUGUUCUCCUCAGUUAUCAAACAAAAUUUCUAACUCUGAGCUAAAGACUGUGUUAACGUAGAGUACGUGAGUAGUUUCUGGUUUACCAUGUUUGUUUUUCGCAGGUCAAUCUGUUUAACGCUUUUGUUUAAAUGAAUGGAGAAAUAGUUACAGUCUUCCUAAAGAAAGUUUAAUUCCAGAAAAAUUUAAAUGCAUUCUGGCAUCAAAACCCUACAGAGUAAAUGAAUGGACAGUACCUAGAAGGUAUAAAUGUAAAAUACUUUCAGAUACACUGCUUUCCCUUCCUGUCUUUUUCUUCUCUUAAAUGUCUGUCAACUCUCUGUUCUCCAAAACGACCAUAGUGCUAGGACUGCUGACUAGCACAUAUGUGAUACAGGAAAAAAAAAAAAGCCUUUUCUAAAAAGGCUUUUCUAAAAAGGCUUUUUUUGUGUUUGUUUGUUUGUUUGUUUUAAUUUUUUUUUAAUCCUAGAUAUUAUAAAUAGUUCUGUUCCAAGAAAGUGUGCUGAUUUCCAUAAUAUAUUUUGGUUUUUUGUCAUGCAAUGCUUUUUGAGUACUUCAGUAAUAAUAUGUUAUAUUUAGACCAUUCACCUCCUGAUGGAAAUACAAGUGUGUAUCAAAUAUGUUAUCUUAUCUUUGUAAUAAUUUAUUAAUGCAGCUCAGCAUCUUUUGAACUCUGAUAUCACUCUGACAAGUAGUAAUCACAGAGCUCUGAAUGUUGAGAGUAGGCUAAUGUAAUCUAUGAGUUCUUGUAAAUGUAGCUAACAGUUACUUCUAAUGAGUCAUUUUUUUAUAUAAAUGCUUAAAGUAUAAAGAAUUCAAACAGAAAAAUAUUAACAACUGUGCAGACUAGUACAAGACUGGUGGGGGAACUAAUUUCUACUCAUACUCUAUCAGAUUUAUGCCACUCGUAGGAACUCAUACUGCUUCUCAGAACUGAUCUUUAGCCAAACUAUGUGCUUGAGUGUACAUCCCCUGCAACCUGUAGAUCUUAAGAGUGUUACAAUGUUUUAAGAAGAAAAUAGGAAAAGUAGGUUAGGAGAGAAUAUUUCUUAAAAAAUAAAAUAAUAUUAAAAAAUCCAUUGUUUUGAAGUUUAUAUUUGAAGCUUAUCCUCUAAUAUCUCAAACAAACUUGUUUCUUUCAGAGUUCAGAUGAGCAUAAAAGAUGAUCAAAGACUGUGUGCACUCUUUGCUGUUUAUCUGCCUCUAUAAUUUUCAUAUACUUUUUCAGUAUGGUUUUAGGAUUUUAUGAACCUUUAUGCUCCUUACUUAAACAUUCUUUCUUUGUUUCAACUAUCUAUGUUUUUGGUUUUGUUUUUAUUUUUAAAAUUCCCAUAGCAAAAUGCACAAUCAAACACCUUGGCUCAUUUCCUGUUAUUCUCUUAAGUCUGUUCCCAUUCCAUCUUCACUUUUUGUUUUAUUUUAUAAUUUUUUUUCCAUGGAGUAUGUUAAAAUUACUGAAAAAGAAGAUCAAAAAAGUCAUGCAUAAAAGAAGAGAGGAGAAGAGAAAAAUUUUACCCAGCAAGUGGAACUGUGAAAUGAAAGGAAAUCUGGUCCAUUACACUCAUCUGUGCAAGGGGGUUUUGAGAGAAAGAUAGUUUUUUCUUCGGAGCGAGAGGAAUAUCGUGGUGAGUAGGUGCCAGACUCAGCUUGUACAAUGGUUAUUUUGUGGAUAUUUUAGUCCCCUAUAUAAGUGUAGGCAGAGAUCUUCAGUGGCUGUCAUCCAGACAAGCACUACUGAAAUGAAUGGACUUGCCUGAUAAAAAGUGUUUUGGAUCCUACAUACAUGAAUAUUUCCACAUUUAUAUUACACACACACACAUAUAUGUAUUCCACAAUUUCCAGGGAACACAGUGCGUACCCCAGUCUCAUGUUUCUGCCUGACUUUGUUAUUUACUUUUACAAAUUUGAUGAAAGCAGAUGAGUCAAUUUAGCUACCUGCUUCUGUUCCUUGAUGACUCUUUCAAAUAUAAAACAUAAUUAUGAUUUGUUUAUACAUAAAUUUACAGGAUUUCCCAUCCAUUUAUGUUCUUAAAAAUUACUGUGUAAUUACAGAACUAUUGCUUUUUUUUUUUGUUUCCUCCAAAACUGAGCAAUCCCCAAAAAGUUUUAUCACUUCAGAAUUAAAGAUUAUAUAUUCGUCUUCAGAUUGUGCGUUCAGGGAUUGUUCUACUGGCUGUCUUGCAUUUGUACAUGCAUACAUAUUGCUAGCACAAGGUAUUUGGUUAUGUGACACUGACAGAAAUUCACAGAGAUGAGAGCUUCAACUUGCAGCUUUUGGCUGCUAAAAGUAAUAGGCUUUAUAUUUUUUUACAUGCCAAGAAUAAUUUGUUGGUUUCUGUGUAUUUCCAACUGUGUGAAAACAUAAAUAGAUGUAACGAGUCAUUAUUACAAAAUUAAAUCCUUUCUAUUUCUGAUUCCCUAGUUAUGUUCAUUACUUUGCAUGAAGAUUUAGAUCCAUGCACCUAAUUGAGAGAAGUACUGCUUAUCUAACUUCAAGCAAAUAGUAAUUUGAAUGAUUUUGCAUGCGAUGCAUAUUAUAUUUUCUUUAAUAAUGUGUGCGCAUCCCUUACUAAGUUUUUGGUAUUGUUAUGACUGUUCAUUCGGAUAAAGAAAAACCAAAACUUACUAUUUUCCAUUUUCAUCUCAUGAAACACUGGGUUUGUAAUAAUAUAUCUUGGUAAUGAUAAACAUUUUCAUUAACAGCACAAGUGGAACAGAAGUCUCUAAUCCAAAGGGCUUUUUUCAAACUUACCUUAGACUGUCUUUUCCUGUGUCUCCAGUUUAGUUAGCUUGAAUACAAAUGACUGUUUUCUUCCAACAGUAGAAUGAUCAUAAUGCUUGAACAUA